UGACAGGAUGUCAUUUCGCAAAGUUUUGUUUUGAUUAAAAGUUGUUGAUUUUAAAGUAAUUCUUUGGUUUGUUGUGUUAAAACUAUGUCGCAAAAAACUUUAAUGAGCAGACUUGGGAGUAAUAUCCUAGAAGAGUCACAGUUACUUGCUGAGAAAAAAUGGAUACUGGAUGCACUAAAUCAAAUUAAAAAGCAACGAAAUAGUCUUCAGAUAGAAAGGCUACAACUAGAAAGUAAAAAGUGUCAUCUCAAGGGGGAGACAAACUCUAACUUUGAGAAUAAAACUACAGCGGACAAUGAAGUGCCAGGCACAUCCGCGGUCAAUUUAAUGCAGUUAGCACCACGGGGCAAUGGGAUUGCGGACAUAGACAAGAAUGGGCUCAUGGAUGAAGAUAUUAUAUGCAAUGAACAGGAAUUAGAUUUGUUGAUACUGUCAAAUUGUUUAUACGCCAAUCAGAAUGCUCAGAACAACAUGGAGGAAGACGAGGAGGAUGAAGAAGAUGUAAUAAUUGACAUGAAUAUGUUAAUGAAUGGUAACAAGUGACCACAAGUGGUAGAAUGCUGUUAAGCUUUAGUGCACUGUUGGAGAAAUACCACAUUCAACAAAAAUGAAAUUAUUGCAAGGUUUUAAUUGUUCCUUUAUUUCGAUCUUGCUUUAAGUAUGAUUUUCUUAAAAGGUUAAAAAAAUCACACAUUGGGUUAAGAUUGCAAAGGUUGACAUAACUUAGAAUUGGCUGUUCUUGUUCAUUUUAGAGAUUUUUUAUUUAGUCUAUGUUGGUUGGUGUAUAUUUUCUGAAUUUUGUACAUUGUGUAAAGUCUUAUAAAUAUGAACAAUUGUGCUAUCAUAGUUUUCUAAAUAAAAAUUGUCUUAUUAUAUUGCUAAUUAUCUUGUAUUUAUGACUAUUUCUGAAUACUUUAGCUUCAAAAUUGUCAUUUAUGCGCUUGCACUAUAGCGUCAUAGCGCAACAAAUCAGUAAGUUAACCUUAAGUAAUUAAAGUCUUCAGUAAACAAGCAUUUUAGUGACUCCUCCAUAUACUUAGCAAAAAUAAAAUUGCAUAAUUUUAGGGAAAUGGAAUGAAAUAAAAA